GGACGAGUCGUGGGGGUCGUGGGGGAGGAGGAGGCGGCAGCAGCAGCAGCAGCGUUGGGCGGGAAGCAGCGAGGCGAGCGCACCCUCCGCGUAGCCCUCUCCGGCACACACACACAGAACGACCCGCGUUGGCGGACGAGGAGGCGGUUCGCGUGCGCCUCGGAAGCGUUUGCGGCAACAACAAGAACAUCAAGAAGAAGAAGAACCACAAACAACGGAGAGCGCCAGGCGGUGUUGGAGCGAGGAGGAGAAGGAGGCGCCAUGGCCACGCCGCCCGUCAAGCCGCCCGUCACCAUGAACCUGUUCGCCACCUGGGAGGUGGACAAGGCAUCGCCCAGCUGCGUGCCGAGGUUGUUCAGCAUGACUCUGAAGAAAUUGAUGGUUCUCAAGGAUUUGGAUAAGGAGUUGAACUCUGUGGUAAUUGCUGUCAAGUUACAGGGAUCCAAACGCAUCCUGAGGUCAAAUGAAAUCCCUUUACCUCCGAGUGGCCUCAUCGAAGCUGACCUGGAGCUCACCUUCUCUUUACAGUAUCCACAUUUUCUAAAGCGGGAGAGCAACAAGCUUCAGAUCAUGCUGCAGAGGAGAAAGCGAUACAAAAACCGCACCUUCCUGGGAUACAAGACACUUGCAGCUGGCUUCAUCAACAUGACUGAGGUGAUGCAGCACCCAACGGAUGGUGGAAUGGUUCUGGGGCUUCAUGGCAACAUCAAGGAGUCAACAGCUGGGCGCUCGGCAGAGAUCUGCAUCUUCUCCCUGUCAAGCCAGCCUGUCGACCAAGAGGAGACAGUGGGGCCUGGUGAACGCAAGAACAAGGCCCUAGAUCGCUCUGCAGAUGCAGAUAACUACUCUGAGGAUGAUGAUGAGAGCUUUUCGUCUGAACAGGAUGCAAGCGAUGAACAUGUACAGGACAUGUACGAUGAUUACAACCUCUCGGGCAAGUCAAAGAAAUCGAGGCACAGAAAAGUAUCCAGAGCGAUAUCCCUCAGCCGGCAACCGAACCUGAAACAAAAAGUGGUGGCACUACUUAAGCGAUUCCGUGUGAUGGAUGAGAACCUGGACCUUGAGCAAGAGCCGGGAGACCAGACCCGUGAGAUGGAGGAGGAGGAGGACCUCAACUUGCUCUAUGACAGCUUGGAGCUCGACAACCCGAGUGACAGCGGGCCUGAUAUGGAUGACAAUGAGAGCGUCGUCAGUGCACCAAAACCAACGCUCAAGCCAUUUUUUCAAGAGGUCUCUAACUCAAGCUCUCAGACUGAAAUUGCCAGCAUCAAAAGUAUGAAGAGCCAGCCCAGGGAAGUCGCAUGCCAGGUGGAAAGCCCAGAUAAAUUGUUGGUUCUUGAGAGGAAAAGGUUCACCUCCGACACAAGCACAGAUGAAUGCCCGCAGGAGCUGAGAGAGACGGACACGAGCCCAGGCUCGGAGUCGGGUCGUGUGGAAGCCCUGCUGGAGAGGCUUCCUCCCCGUGGCAAGAUGAGCCGCACUGAGUCCCAGAUCAUCACCUCUCCCAGUAGAGUGGAGGUGAGGGCGUCGCUGCGCAAAGGACGGAGCUCGUCAUUGCGGGAACGGUCAAGCUCUCGUCUGCAAAGUGUCCGCGCCAGCAGCCUGGACAACGACCAGAGCCCCGACCCCCAACUCAUGCAGACCCCGCAGCGCUCGGUGUAUGAGCAACUAAGUCGAAUCCUUGGUACGGAAGACCAGCUACCAGAGAGUGUGAUGCUCAUUAACACGGCUGACUGGCAGGGACAGUACGUGUCGUCCCUGCUUCAAAAGGACAACCAGCCAGUAGUGUGCACCGCCUCCCUGGCCGACGUGCAGGCCGUGUUUGUGUCUCUCGUCUCCAGGAUACAGCGAUUCUGUAACUCAAACCCGCAGACACCGGAGCCCAUCCGUGUGGCGGUGGUUGGUGACCUGAGCCACCUCCACGCCGUCCUCCGCUGCUUUGUUGACCAGCUCUCUCAGAAGACCUCCGACUGGCUCGGAUUCUUGCGGUUUCUCAUAAUCCCACUUGGCUGCCACGGCUUGGCUAAGUACCUCGCCUCUCUGGACAGCAAGUACGGGGGUGUGUUCCUGGACCCUGUGUGGCAGGAAAUGUUCACCCAUCCGGAGCCUCCCACGACAGAUUUACUUGAUGUUACAACUCGCAUCGUUGGGUAUAUUUCCGGGGCUAAUGUGACUCACCCGUUGCCCAUAGCAGAAGCCAUGCUGACCUACAAACAAAAGGGACUUGAAGAGGAGUCUUGUCAGAAGUUUAUUCCCUUCAUCAGCAUUGUUAACGUUGGGGUGGUUGAACAGAUGACGGCUCCUAUUGCGGACAUGGAUGAGUCUUUGCUGUACCCUUCCGUGUCGCUGACCUCCACCCCGUCUACAAGCGCCAUGGGCGGAGGUGGCUCCAAGGACAUCUGCCCGACACCCCCAGCCUCUCCGUCUGUUGGGCCUUCCCCUGUCAGCUGGCAGGGUGGUGAGGUCAUGGGGCUCCACGUUGAUUACUGGACGGUGGCAGGUGCCGAGCGGCGGCGCGAGGGCGAGCGUGAUCGCAAGGAGGGCAGCGGCAAAACGACACUGAAGAGCAACUUCCGCUCGCUGCAGGUCAGCCGGCUGCCCACGGGGCCCGGGGAGGGACAGAGCGCCACGCCCAGCAUGUGCAUGACCGUCGUCACCAAGGAGAAGAACAAGAAGGGAAUAUUCCUGACCAAGAAGCCCAAGGAGAAGGACAUCGAGUCCAAGAGUCAAGUGAUCGAUGGAAUCAGCCGCCUCAUUUGCGCAGCCAAGCAGCAGCAAACCAUGUUAAAAGUGACUGUAGAUGGCGUGGAAUGGAACGACGUCAAGUUCUUCCAACUCGCCGCACAGUGGCCAACGCACGUCAAGCACUUCCCCGUCGGGCUGUUUGCGCAGGGACGACCCGGGUGCUAGUGGCACGUCCGCCCGUGAUGGCUACUCCUGAGUCGCAGUGGAUCCUGCCUGGCAGCAAACGCGACACUGCUUGGACUCUAAUGAAGAGAAUUCAUGUCGGGCAGCGGUAAAUGAAAUGGCAUCAUGUGUGUAAUAUAUUUAAAUUGCAAAUGUGCACCGGUUGACUAGGAAGAUUAGCAUGACGGUGGUGAUAUUUGCUACCACAAAUUGAACUGCACCUCAUUUAUGCCACCAAGUCUUGGUGACAAUAUGCAAAGAAGGAUAUUAACCCUUUCGCGUUCAAAUGACGUGUGUACGUCAUCAAUUUUUCUUCAGAUUUCCAUUCUGAUUACGUACGUGUACGUCAUUGGAACGUAAUAGAUUCUGAAUGGAAUCGGAUCGAUUCUGGACUAAAUGCAGGAGGGCGUGUGGCACAAUUUGGCACCAGCUAUCGUAGAGUACGGUCGUGUCGCUACAGUUCUCUGCGGUGAGUACAAUCUUUAAAAACAGCAUUGCUUUGCCACCUAAAUAAAGUUAACGCUAACCGCUUGCGCGUUCCAACAUUCAGGGGUGAAUGGGAGACCCACCCUUACAAGUUGUCGACGUCUCGGAACGGGAAAGGGUUAAUUGCUGCUAUUUUAUAAAAUUUUAUCUCAUACCAUCAGUUUCAUUACUUUACAAAUAGUAGUCCAACUAUUAAUCUGAAGAAAAUAUCUAGAAAUUUUAUUUUGCCAUUUUAUUUCUAACAUGAUGUAUCAGUCUGUGAUGCAUUGACGACCUCAUCCCUGGACUGCUUUUGGAGAUUCGUGAAAAUGAUGGUAUAAAAAACGUUAUGUUUUAAAAAUAAAUCCGUACUCUUGCCCAGACAACUUACAAACUGGGCUUUCGGAGCCAGCCAUUGUGUUUUUAGGAAAAAGUUGCCCUCUGCAAAAAAAUUCCAAUCAAAUUCCCACUACGAUGGAGCUAUCAUAAAAAAAACACGAGAUUUACAGGACAUCUCAAAUUAGAAACACAAAUACGGUACUGUAUUAUGGUACACAAAUUGUUGCAACAGUAUUCUUAUUGUAUAACCACUGUUUCGCUAAAGGCAUUGCACAAACGUAAAGGGACAUACUUUGAUGCUCUGAGAAAUUUCUGUUAAACAUUUUUUCUUAAAACAGCUCGAAUGCAAGCUAAGAUUAGAUUGCUUAACAUGAGAACAUUUCCUGACUUGCUCAGCAUGUGACAUGCAGUAGACAAAGGAUAAUACAUUACAAUAGAUGACACAGCCAUUAACUGAGUUGUCAAAACAUCAGCAGUAAAACCAGUAGUCUUAUUAAUAUCCUAGGUGUAAUUGCCAAAAUUGUUAACAUUUUAAUGCACUUGUGUAAAUAAGUUACAAGCAAUGCUCUGAGUUUAAAGGAGUUACAAAGGGCAGCAAGGGAAUGUUUUAUUUUGUUUCCUUUUUUUUAAAUGCGAGUGUUCGGAUGUGUGAACAUACAUUGGCAGAGUAAGCACAACUUAUGUUGCAGAUGUGUAUUGUAUAUAAAUUGAGUGUUCAGCAUAUUAAUGUUACUGCAGGAUACAGUAGCUUUGGUAUCUUCAAGUCUCUAAAUAUUAACAUGUUUUUUACCAUGAAGAGCAUGAUAUUAAUCAACUCCAUUUUACCAUGCAUUGUUAAUUAUUUGAAUGCUUUGUUCUGCUGACAUGCAGUUAGCACUGCACAGAGAGAACAUUGGUGGGGGGUUAUUUAGAUUUGCACCUUUUUAAUUUAAUUUUCCAUUGGGGGUUGAAAGGAUGUGUGGCUGUUAUAAUAAUUUGGAUUGACACACCAGGACUGUAUUACUUGGUGCUGGAGUAUUGCGACGUCGUACAAAAUGUUUGCCUCCAUUGUUUAACAAAUGUCACUGCCAAGCAUAUGCCACUCCCAAUGCAUGACACUAUUUAGACACUAUAGACAUAAAUGUGUGCUUUGCAAGUGAUCAUGCCAGCAAACGAUAAGUAGCCUCCACAUUUUAUCCACCAAACAAGCCUAACUGCAAUAUAUAGGACUGCAGUGUACACGUGUUCCAAUAGCAUAAAGCAAGACGCUUAACAACGAUGAUACAAUGCUUUUCAUUAUUUAAAUAGACCCAGCACUCCUUGCUUGCAUCCUACAAGUUCCAGUCUGGCAAGUUUUUACAAAGGCAUGUCAGGUUUUUAAAUACUUGUAAGUGGAUUGGCAGUUUGUUGCAACAUUCACCGCAAAUGUGUGAAUUGGUAGACUUAAAGCUGCUCCAAGGGGGUAGAAGGUUGCAAAAUGGAGUGAAUUGUCAUUUAGAAAUGUCGAUAGCAUUAGUUAUUGUGGUGUAAAUUAGGCGCAAGGCACACAGAAAUAUAAAACUAAUGUGGACUUGGCCAAUUCUCUGAGAAUGUCACAUGCACUUGAUUUGCAGUCCAAUGUAGGUUGAGCAGUAGGAACAGAUUGAAAAAAAAACUGACAUGGGAGCAGACGUCUACAAUGUCUUGUCACGGCAUCGGCUUUUAAGAACCUAUCUCGUCAUAUGACGGACAUCUUUGCGCAAUAAAACAUACUUUGGGGGGGGGGGGGCAGGGGGGGGUAACGAGUCCACUGCAAAUAAAUCACUGCCGUUUAGAAUAAGUGAAGAUGCAUUACAGGGACAACCGUUCUAUCAACUUUAAUUUAAGAAAUGCACUACAUGCCGUAACUGGAUUUCCUGGUGGUGAUGUUUUAGUAAUAUUACUACAGCAACUACAAACAUAAAAGCUGUGAAUGUCUGUACCCGACCUGAACUGGGGAAAGGCAGCAAAAAAGGGGCCUGUUUUUAUAUGCUGCUGGUCGGCACAUGGUCACACAAACCCUUACUCAAAAGUAACUUGUGCAUGCACUGUUAAUGACCACUUGCUUCCACUCUACUCUUACCAGAGUACUCGGCAGGUUUAUAUUAUUUUAGUUGAGGACGUUGCUUUUAUUUACAUUUAUAGCCUUUUUACUACAUCGCAUUUGUAGUGUUUUUUUGUAUCAUGCAUUCACUUGUAAGUGAUGCCAGACACCCCCUUAACUGCACCGGUGAAGAUGAUUGCGUAUGCGUGGCCAUACGCGCUUCUCGGACACAGGUUUUUCUAUUAAAGCAAACAAGUAUUUAGUCGGGGGGGGGGGGGGGGAAUGACUGCACAUUGUAUUGUUUGCAUGUCAUUUUAGGUUUUCCCGAAUUUCAAAUAUGUUCUGGUAUGACACUUGAAAGCCCUGUGUAUUAUCACGUAAUAUUGUUCAAUGUUAUUCUUCUUUUUGUUAAGUUUUUGUGUUUGCGUGUAGCCAUGCAGGAAAACGUGUACUCCGUUUGGAAGCCUGCUUUGUUUUGUACCUGAUCGAGUUGUCUGAAAAUUUGCCAGCACAUUUCGUGACAAGUUUUCUAAAACGAAAGUGUUACAUUGUGCCUUUUUUCAGCGGUUUACUUAAAACAAUAUGGACACAUCUUUCUCCUGUAGCACUGUGCUGCUUCUAGAAUUAAUAAUAUUGUAAGAUUUGCCGUGUGUGUGUGUUUUAAAGCGUAUCUACAGUAAAUAACAUGUAGUGAUGUAGUCGAUGUUGCGUGUAACCGUCUUUGUUGGAGUUAGCAGCGACAGGCUUCAGUCCAGAUGAGGUUCGUAACUUGAGAUGGUGGUACGCGGGUGGGGAAGAAAUCAUCAGGGUGAGUGAUGAUCAGACUCUUUCACUCCUGCAUUAAUUACCUCAACUGACCUGCCGUACCAACUCGUAUUUAUGCAGGUGGUGGGGUUAUUUGAGGGCUGGGCAAUUCUUUAGAUGGGUGACAAUGAAUAUAUAACUUUACCCCCCUUGCCUCUUCCCCAAGCUCCCACCGGACUGGUUAAAAGCCUCCGUUUAUUCUUGCCACUGCAUAUUAAAAAGGUAUAGCUUUGAUCCAUAAGCACUUUAAACAAAAGCAAGUCGGCAAGCGCUAGCUUUGCAGUUUGCACUCUAUUUUUUUUAUUGGUUUAGUUAAAGGAAUAUGUCCUGAGCCCAGACAUUAACAGGCAAACAUGUAGUUUGUACUUUACAGGGUAUGUAUGCUGCCUUGUUUUCAAGUUUGCUGCAAUAUUUAGCUUGUUAGCUUGUAGCCCAGCAGGUUAACCUGUUGCCACUAACCAGCCAAAAUGUUUGAUGUAACAGUAUUGCGAAUGUUAGAGGAAACCAAGAAACUCGCAAGAAAAUAACAAUAAACUCGUUCCUGUGACUUGGCA